AUGCAAAUGAUGUUGCUAUAUUUUGAAUACACUAAACAAUAUCAAGAAACAACCAUCGAUCAAAUCUUCAAAGAAGAAUUCAGACUAGACUCUGAAAUCAGCGAAAAAGAGCAUAUCCUAGCCAAAUCCAAAAAGAAUAUCACCAAAUUAAAACUAUAACUAUCCUCUGCCAAUAAAGAAUUGAAAAAAAUCAAAUUGGAUGCCUCCAAAAAGGAAACUGUAUAUGCAUGUCUAUAUUGCACUGGCAAAGCAUUCAUUUCCAUCCCUCUCCUUGAAGCACAUUAUUAAAGACAUCACAUAGAUAAAUUUGAAAAACCAAAAUAAAAUUUCUAGGAAACUCUACUUACAGUUCAAACCCUCUUAUUGCAAUAAUAAAUUAAUUCCAUGAUCAACAAUCAGAACUAACAGGACUUCAUGUUGCAAACCAUGUAAUAGGCCUAGUUUAUGCAACAACAAGCAGAGGAUUCUGAUUCUUCCUAGGACGAAGAUCUUGAAGACGAAAAAAUGGAUGAUUAUCAAAUGAGACAACUUAAGUAUGAAUUUGAAUAGAAGAAUCUUGUGCUUUAACAAUAAAUGGAAUCGCUACAAAAUUAUAUAGCAGUUCAUAGACCUUAAGAAAUUCUAGAUAAAAUUGAGUAAAUUGAAUACAGAAUUGAUAAUCUCAAGAUUCCUGAACCUGUUAAGGUGGAGGAGAGAUUACCUACUCCUCCCCCUGAAAAUUAUAGUUACAAUGCAGGACCUCUGGAGGAUGAAAUCAGUGAAAUUGCUGAUGAUAUCUAUGAUGCUAAGGAUCUGCAAUAAGAAAUUAAAGAGGAUGUUACCAAUGAUUCUAAGAGUGAUGAUGAUUAAAAGGAACCCUCAGUUAUUAUUGAUAACCAACAGGAAGCAGCUUUUCUGCAAGAGGAAAAAGAAUUUCAUCAUAUGGUCAAAUCAGUGAGGUAAAAGAAAUCUUAAAUUACAAAAGAAUUGACGGAUCAUUUCAGAAACAUACAAUUGGAUAAUGAAUUGGAAAGGAAACUUAAAGAAGUAUUGAAUGUGAAUAUGAAUGAAAUCCAAUUUAAAAGUGAAAAAGAAUUGGAGGAAUAUUUAACCUAAUUAAAUGGAACUAUUUUAUUAUCAGAUAAGAAAUAAACAGAAACUAGAAUAGCUGAUCCAGAAUUAGAAGAAAUCAAAAAGCAUGAUGGACCCAAUGUUAUUCAGAUGGAUUCUGAUUAUGAUAAUGAUGGAGACGAUACAUCCAAGGUAUAAUAGUAGAAGGACUUUAAAGGCAGAUUGGUUAAGAAAUAAGGAAAAACAGUUAUUGAAUAAUCAAAAAAUGUUCGUUUUUAAUAGAUAGAAACACCACCAUCAAGUUAAUCAAACAAUUCUGAGGAAGAAUAUGAUAUUAAUCAAAAAGUGAAAGAAAAUGUAAAGGACUUUAAACAACAUGGAAAAUCAUCCAAAUAAGAACCAUAACAAUUAAUGAAAAUAUAAUCAGAAAAUAAGAUAAGAAAUUCUUAGGAUAAAGAAUAAAUUUCAUAAAUAUUGCCACUAGAAAAAAAGUCAUCUACAUAAUCUUAACAAUAAAAGCAUUAAUAAUAAUAAUAGUAAUAAUAAUAACAAUAACACCAAUAAUAAUAAUAAUAGUAAUAACUUUCAAGCAAAAGAAAAAGUAGUUUUGAAGAUUCAGAAGAAUUUUAAACAGAAAAUAUACAAACUAUCUUCUAAACAAAAAAACCAGCAUAAAUAUCUCAAUUUGGUAAGUCUUAAGAAUCUGAGAUACCACUUCAUUAAAAUGUUAUUAGAUCUUAACAAUAAAAAAGUUCAAUAAUAAAAAAAUAGUUAUAUAAUGACAGUGAAGAUGAAUUUUGA